AUGACGACUCCAGGUGAAAUCCCGGACAAGUCUCUAGACAAGAUGAGCUCUUAUGUAGAUGAAAAGGCUGAGGGCACAAUCAAUGACCCAUUAAGCAUUUUAUCCGAAUCCCACAAAUCAUACCUGCUUGAGCGCCAUGGCAGACUCGACCUUGAUCCUAUUCCCAGCAUGGAUCCAGCUGAUCCUUACAACUGGCCAUCAUCCAAGAAAGUCCUCAAUCUCAGCUUGGUCGCGUUCCAUGCUUGCAUGGGCACAUUCACAGCCGCUGCCAUUAUCUGUGCCUAUGAAGAUAUCGCUCUAGAUGUGGGCGUCUCCAUUCAACGAGUGAGCUAUCUCACCUCACUUCAAAUCGCCAUCCUCGGUGGUGCCCCGUUGUUUUGGAAGCCACUGUCCACCCGCUUCGGCCGUCGUCCCAUUUUCCUGCUGUCAUUGAUUCUGAGCUGUGUGUGUAACAUUGGCUGCGCUAAGAGCCCAGACUAUGCCUCCAUGGCGGCCUGUCGUGCCUUGGUAGCCUUUUUCAUUUCUCCUGCUAUGGCGAUCGGAAGUGGCGUUGUCACAGAGACAUUCUUCCGCCACGAAAGAGCGCGAUACAUGGGCAUUUGGACAGUGAUGGUGACGCUGGGUGUUCCUAUCGGGCCUUUUAUCUUUGGAUUCGUUACCCAGCGAGUUGGUUACCGCUGGAUCUACUGGAUUCUGGCCAUCACCAAUGGGGUUCAAUUAGUCCUCUAUUUGUUCUUCGGACCUGAAACCCGCUAUAUUGGUGACGACGUGCAAAGCAAAGAGUCCGCAUUCAAGCGCGAAUACACAUCCCUCCGUCGAAUCGAUCCAACUCCAUUAAAGCUGUCCGAAUUCUUCCACCCCCUCUCCCUCUUUACCAACAUUCCUGUUCUCCUCGCCGCGAUCGCAUACUCUAUGGUCUUCCUGUUUGCCUCCGUGAUGGGCUCCGUCGAAGUCCCUCAACUCUUGCAAAGCAAGUUCGAGCUGAAUGCACAACAACUUGGUCUUCAAUUCCUGGGCCUUAUUAUCGGCUCUCUCCUGGGCGAACAACUGGGUGGUGUCAUGUCCGAUAUGUGGAUGAACGCUCGUGCUCGACGUAUCGGCCGCAAGCCGGCCCCUGAAUACCGACUCUGGCUGAGCUAUAUCGGGUUCCUGCUGGCUAUUGCUGGAAUGGUCGUAUUCCUUGUAUGCACUGAACAGGCGAAGGAAGGCCAAUGGACGGUUACGCCAGUGAUUGGCACUGGUAUCGCAGCAUUUGGAAACCAAGUUGUCACUACUGUUCUUACCACUUAUGCCGUGGACACCUAUCCCCAGGAUGCCGGCAGUGUUGGUGUGUUUAUUAACUUUGUCCGCUCAACCUGGGGAUUCAUCGGUCCCUUCUGGUUCACCGAUCUAUUUGACAGCGUUGGUAUUGCGAAGAGCUCUGGCGUGGUCGCGGCACUGAUUAUGGGUGCCAGCUUCAUUCCCACUGCAAUUUUGCAGUGGAAAGGAGAGAAGUGGUACAGUCGUGCUUAG